CUAUCUCUCAGUCGCCCACUCUUCCCCAUUGACCACUCCGCCGCCGGCAACCCCCCGGAGCUCCACUCGCUCGCCUCCCCCUCCUCCGCCCGCCGUCCCCCACGGCCAUCUCGUCGUUCCUCUGGUUUCCGACCAUCUGCUCUCCCUCCGGGUGCUGCCACCGGUCCAACACGCACCGCCCGCAGUCGCCCCAUUCCACUACUCCCCACCCACUUCACGAGCGCCGGCGCCGCCUCCCCUCGGUGCCAGGCCCCGGUGGGGGCGCAGUGACUGCCUCACCUCUCCCCUCGCGGCGACGCCUUCUUCCGGCCCCAAGCCGCCGCCGCGCACCUGGGCCCCUCCCACCCUAUCCGGGGGCCGGAGCCCACUCCUCAACGCCGGCGCACUAAAUUCGUGCUCCCACCGCCACCACCAUGUCUCUUACCACAGCUUCCUUCGCCGCGCCCGCUUGCUCCUCAUCCUCCUCCUGGCCGCCGCUACCCAGGUGGCCGUGCCGGCUACCCAGACCGGCGAGGGGCUGCCGCCGCCUGGCGGUGCGGGCGGACGUCAAGGUGAUAUCCUCCGGCGACGCUUGCCGCCGCGGGCUCGCCGCCGGCAUCCACAAGCUCGCCGAUGCCGUCUCCGUCACUCUCGGUCCCAAAGUGCUAUUAAUUGCUGAGAACACAAAGGUUUGCUGCAGGGAGGAAUGUUGUUAUUGAUCAAGAUGAUGUUCCUAAAGUAAUUAAUGAUGGUGUCACAAUCGCCAAGGCUAUAGAACUUCCAAAUUCACUUGAGCAUGCAGGGGCCAUGCUACUUCAAGAGAUAGCAACCAAGACAAACAGUACUGUUGGGGAUGGAACCACGACAGCGAUUAUUUUGGCCCGAGAAAUCAUCAGCCUUGGCUUAUUGGCCGUUGCCAACGGUGCUAACCCAGUUGCUUUAAGAAAGGGCAUUGACAAAGCUGUUCAUGAACUGCUUGGGAUCUUGAAGACAAAAUCUAUCCCUGUGAGUACAAAGGAGGACAUAAAAGCUGUAGCAUCAAUAUCAGCUGGCAAUGAUGAAUAUGUUGGCAAUCUCAUUGCCGACGCAUUGGAGAAGAUAGGUCCUGAUGGAAUAAUCAAAAUCGAGUCAUCAUCUUCCAUAUAUACUUCAGUUGAGGUGCAGGAAGGAAUGAAGAUAGACAAGGGUUACACCUCACCUCAUUUCAUCACAAAUCCAGACAAAGCAAUUGUUGAAUUUGAAAAUGCUAGAGUGCUUUUAACUGAUCAACGGGUGAAUGAAAUCCAAGAGAUACUUCCUUUGCUGGAGAAGACCACACAGUUGAGUGUCCCUUUGUUGAUUAUUGCCGAGGAUAUUUCACAUUCGGUGUACUCGACUCUGGUUCUUAACAAACUGAAUGGUUUGCUAAAUGUUGCGGUUGUCAAAUGUCCUGGUUUGGGAGAUGAAAAGAAGGCUAUUCUGCAAGAUAUUGCCAUUAUGACAGGUGCAGAUUUCUUUGUUAGUGACCUUGGUUGGGGUCUUCAAGCAAUUACAUCUGACCAGCUGGGUAUGGCUCAAAAGAUCACUAUCACGAGUGAAUCUACAACUAUAAUUGCACAUCCCUCUAUGAGACCAGAGAUUGAGGCUAGGAUUAUGCAACUAAAGAAAGAUCUAGAGGAGACAACAAGUACCUAUCUAAAAGAAAGGUUUUCUGCAAGAAUUGCUAAACUCUCAAGAGGUGUAGCAGUUAUCAAGGUAGGGGCAGCCACUGAAGCUGAACUUGAGGACAGAAAGCUGAGAGUGGAGGAUGCGAAGAAUGCAACUUUUGCAGCCAUCAGCGAAGGCAUCACACCUGGUGGUGGUGUAACAUAUGUUGAACUGUCUAAGCAUAUUCCCAGUAUCAUGGAUCUCGUGGAUGACCCGGAAGAGAAGAUUGGUGUAAAUAUUGUGGGGAAGGCACUCCUUGUCCCUGCUAUGACGAUAGCUCGCAAUGCCGGCGCAGAUGGUUCAGCUGUCGUAGAGAAGAUUCUUGAAAGCGAGUGGCGAGUUGGGUACAAUGCGAUGACAGAUAAGUUCGAAGACCUUGUUGAUGCCGGGGUGGUUGAUCCGUGCCGGGUUGCAAGAUGCGUGCUCCAGAACUCUGCUUCUAUUGCAGGGCUAAUUCUAAUGACCCAAGCAAUGAUGUUUGAUAAGAUAAAGAAGAAAAAGUCGCCCAUUCCUGAAAUUCCAGGCCUCCCGCCGUUGCAGAUAAAUCAAAAUUCUUAGGUCUGAGCAAUUCUUAUCCUGAUAUCAAAGAAGGUUCCAUAAACGUGAAGAUCAUUUUGCUCUAAGCUAAGAACAGAGUGGGCCCGUGAAGGACAGCUCUUCUCAUUAUUGUCUAGAGCGGUGAAUGGGUUCAGGAGGUUAGUCUGAAGGGGGGUGGGGAUCGGUUGGUACCAUUGAUAUCAACUAUAUCUAGGUUUUGCCCUUUUUUCUUUUUAGUACUGUUAGGUGUAUUUUCAUUAUCUCUGUUUGUAGUGGUGUUGUUAGAUGUCAAGUGCAGAUUCUCCCCAAAAAGAAAAUAUGGUAGGUGUAGUAUUUUCAUACCUGCACAAUAUUUUUGUAGCAUGUAACAUAGUAAUGAUUACACUGGCGGAACUGUCAUGUCGAUUUCCCAAA